UUGCAGCACUACACAGCAUGAGUAGGCAGGAUUGAUAAAUGGGGCUGGGCUGGCUAUAGAUGUGAGCAGGAGAGAGAGUUUUAUAACUUAGCCACACCACAAAACUUACACAAGCAGCCACAACGGAGCUACGGACACAUCACUAGGAGGAAAAACAACUAAGACACCAACUCACAAUUGCCACUGAAAAUAUAAAUCGAAUAAUAUGGAGACAAGAGAGAUGAUUACUCAGGAGCUGUGUGAGGAGUCCUUACUGAAAGAAGGAGAGAUGCGUGAGUUUGAAGUUCAGGGACAUCCUAUUCUGCUUGUUAAGAGUAACGGAUUGUUCAGUGCUGUGGGCGGCAAGUGUUCCCACUAUGGAGCACCUCUGAGCAAAGGUGUUCUGGCAGGUGACAGGGUCCGUUGCCCAUGGCAUGGUGCUUGCUUUAACAUCAAGACCGGGGAUAUUGAAGAGUACCCUGGCUUAGACAGCCUCCCUUGUUUCCAGGUGACAGUGAAGAAUGGCAAAGUGUUUAUUGUGACCAGUAAACAGGCAAUAGAGAAUGUUAAACGGGUUAAAUCUAUGAGCAACCACUGUACUGGGGAAAAAAAUACUGUUGCUAUCAUUGGAACUGGUCCAGCUGGUCUAGUUUGUGCAGAAACCCUUCGCCAAGAAGGUUACACAGGGAGGAUUGUCAUGGUGACCAAAGAGAAGCACAUCCCUUAUGAUAGAACAAAGCUAAGCAAGGUAAUGAAUGCAAAGCCUGUAGAUAUUUACCUUCGACAAGCGCAUUUUUUCUUGCAACAUGAUAUUGAAGUGUGGACAGAGAAAGAGGUUAUUUCUGUAAUUACUGAUGAAGGUAAAGUCAAGUUUAGAGAUGGGUCAUUGCUCCAGUACAACAAACUCCUGAUAGCUACAGGUAGCAGUCCUCAAAACCUUCAUUGUCCUGGAUCAGAUCUACAAAAUGUUUUUCUACUACGAACUCCGGAAGAUGCCAAUAAAAUCUCUGAAACAUCCAUUGACAAGAAGGUGGUAAUAAUAGGUUCAUCAUUCAUAGGGAUGGAGGUUGCGGCUUUCCUCUCAGACAAAGCAAGUUCUGUGUCUGUAAUAGGACGCUCCAAAGUUCCAUUCCAGGCCGUACUGGGACCUCAAAUUGGAGAAGUUGUAAUGAAGCUGUUGCAGGAGAGAGGAGUGACAUUCUACAUGAGUACAGAAGCCAUAGAGAUUAAGGGUGACAAUAGCAUGGUUAAAGAAGUCAUUUUGAAGAAUGGAGUCCAUGUUCCCGCUGAUAUUGUUGUUGCUGGCAUAGGUGUUACUCCAGUUUCUGCCUUUCUGAAAGGAAGCAAGAUCACUGUAAAUUGCAAAGGAGCCAUCUACGUAGACCAGCACAUGCGAAGCAGUGUUCCUAAUGUUUUUGCAGCAGGAGAUGUUGUAUCCUUUCCACUAUCCAUAAUGGGAGGACAGCGAUCCAAUAUUAGCCACUGGCAGAUGGCACAUUCUCAUGGUCGUAUUGCAGCACUUAACAUGCUAAAUCAGCAGGUUCCUGUGAACUCUGUACCAUACUUCUGGACAUCUCUGCUAGGGAAGAGUAUUCGUUAUGCAGGGUUUGGUGAAGGAUAUACAGAUCUUGUGCUGAAGGGGAAUCUGAAAGAAUUAAAGUUCUUGGCCUUUUAUAUCAAGGACAACACGGUUGUUGCAGUCUCAAGCAUGAAUUUUGACCCUAUGGUUUCACUAGUUGCUGAAGUCCUACUUUCUGGCAGAAAAAUACUCAAAGAUCAAGUACAGUCAGAAGAUUUUGUGGCCUUUAUAACCAGCUUAGCCAAAUCAUCAAGAACAUAGAAAACCAUCUUAUCCAGAAUUGCUGCCAUUAAAUACACCAUUGUCCUUAUAUAGAAACUCCUCGCUGAAGAUCAUGGUAGAAGUAGGCAAAUCCUAUGUUUGGCCAAUGUGACAGAAACAUAUACUUAAUCGACUCCUAAAGUGUUUAAAGUAUAAUGGGAUUUUUGUAGCUAAACCUUAUUGAAUACACUUUUCUAUACUAUUAGUCAACUCCUUUUAAUGGCGAGUUCUGUAGCAGAAAAACAAAGUAAACAUCUCUUAAUUGUAAUAAACUUGUAAAGUGUGAUAA